AUGGGAGCUUCCAUCAUAUGGUGCUGUGGGAUCGUGGUAGAUCUCCUUUGGAUCUAUUCUCUGAAAUGUCAAGGUGGAAUUAGAGUGGUUACACACCAGUCCGAACAUUCUGCAACUUGGUUGGCAGAGGUGGUUUCGGAAAUGUCUACAAAGGAUGUCUCGGAGAUGGAAAAAUAA